AUGCUGCCGCGGCGGACCGGGAGAAUUGGCCGAUUCGGAAGCAAGGCGUCUCGGCGAUCGCCAGAAGAACUGCAGGCGGCGCGGCCGGCAGCUUUUUCCAGUGCGGGUAGCGUUUCGUGCAGUGCAGUUCUCCGAGUUGCCGCCGCGUCGCUUCUUUUCCUCAGCGCCAACUGCGCCGCAGUCGGCGCCGCGGCGUCUGGAAGCACCAGCGUUGAACGCUCCCGUGGAAGCGCCGAGUCACUGUGGACAGCACAGUCACGGCAUGAGUACCUAACUCCACAUUUCCCGAAUUUAGACAUCAAGUGGAGGGAUUCGCUGUCGCCACUAGUGACUAGGGUUGGUGCCGCGCUUCGCGGAAAAUCUGUCGCUCAGAUUCGAUCUGCAAGCAAAGCGGCGCUGUAUAGCUUCGGAAGCGGAAGCAGCGGACGCAUGGAUGCGCAUGCGGCUUGGAAAGCCAGCAGCAGCUCAAGCGGAAGCGGGAAACGCGAUGGCAGCAACGGCAGCAGCGGUACAACUCGAAAGACGGCGGGCAUCAUUGGAAAUCGGACGAUCAGAAAACGACGGGCUCUAGCAGAGAUCGUGUCGCUUUCGAAGCCAAGCGGACCCAAUAACGGAGCCCGGCGUAUCCCCGUUGUAGAAAUUCUAGGAACAAAAGAUAGUGCUACUAGUAACAGCGCCGACAAGCCGAAGCAGACUACAAUCAACUCGCCGUACGCGAAUCUGAUUGGCUCAUCUCAAGGGAAGAUCGAAUCCUGGUCGCCCCCGGAAAACCGGUACCUUGUCGCGCUUUGCGUGUACGGGCGACUAUCCAAUCAGGAGCAGUGCUUGCGGAACUAUUUAAUCGCCGCCGCGCUUCUACAGCGAACGUUAGUCAUUCCGACCAAGGGUUGCGGCGUGGCUUACAGAACGUUCUGCUGGCGGUGGGACAAUAUCGUGGAUGUGCCCAGAAUGCGGGCGUGCCUCGCGCCGGCUUAUGGUACUAACGAGACUGUUAUUACGGUGGAUGAGUAUUUGGUGAGGGAGGGUCGUGACGUGGCGAUCGAUCACAUCGCGUGUCUUGCGAACCACUCAUGUCUUGACAACUGGCCUGUGAUGAAGUCGCACUUUCAGCACAUCACGCUACCGGAUAAACUCGAGUACCCCGUCAUACCCUCCAAGGAUGUCAACGACUUUCUGCACGCAUACGCACCUUAUAACGACGCGCCAGUCAUCAGCCUCGGAGAUGCAUUUGGCUUGUCUCUGGUCCAUGUCCCUUUCUUUUUGAAGUCUGCGAUUCCGCCCUUUAAAAGCACCUGUGCGGACAUCUGGCAGCCUCCCCCAGUUAUAGUCAACUUCGUUAAUGGAUUCAUCGACACGUUUCUGGGGUCGGAUUAUGCGGCGGUGCACCUUAGGCGGAGCGAUUUCGCCCUGCAUUACCUAAAGGAGAGCAGCGAGGAGAAGUCGCAAGCCGCUUACCUUCCCAUUGUCACAGUCGCACAAUUUAUCGUUGGGAGGUUGAAAGACAGAGGCGCGUCUGUGGUGUACCUUGCAACUGAUGCAAGCCCGUCUGAGAUUGAACUACUGGAGAGGAUGCUUCUUGGCCCUGGCAGCACCACCCCCCUUGUGGUGGUGCGUCUGUUGGAUUUUGCCAAGGGGACGCAGGAGUAUUCCCAUUUCCCCUGGGUGAAGCGAUUCCAAGACUUGGAUUCAGAGGACGAUGGCACUCUCAGGGCGACUGCGGAGAAGCACAUAUGCGCUAAUGCGCGCUUCUUUAUAGGCACGCCAAAGUCGACCUUCACUAUGGAUAUUCUUCGGUUGAGAGUGCUGCAUGGGAGGAUGAACGAAGUGGAUGCGUUUCUGGAUGAUCAGGUAUGA